AUGAGCACUGAGGUCAGCAAGGUAAAGAAGGAAGCAGUUGCAGGUCUCACUGCUGGUACGAUAACUACGGUGCUAAGUCACCCCUUAGAUCUACUUAAACUUCGCAUUCAGCUUUCGGUGACGAAACCCGUCGGUACUACAUACUACCAAUUGGCUCAAGAUGUCUUCAAGGGAACAGGGCUAUUGAAGGAAGCAUAUAGGGGCCUCGGUAUCAGUCUAUUGGGAAACUCUUUAGCUUGGGGUCUGUAUUUUGGGUUAUAUCGGUACUUUAAAGAUGUGGCGUUGAACUAUUGCUAUCCAGGCAGCGACACUGUGGGGGGCUUGAAGGACAGCAAACUGUCCUCUAGCAUGUAUUUGAUUACUGCAGGCUUCAGUGGAGCCCUGACAUCGGUACUUACGAAUCCUGUAUGGGUUGUGAAGACAAGAAUAAUGGCAACCUCAGCGAAGGGCCCUUACAAGUCUACUCUUGAGGGUUUCUACAGAAUAUACCGAAAUGAAGGUCUUGGGGCCUUCUGGAAAGGACUGGUUCCAUCUCUAUUUACUGUUUCACAGGGAGCAAUCUAUUUCUCAUUAUAUGACACUUUAAAGUUUCACUACCUGCAUACAAGUCGCGACAACACUGCAAGAAAACUCACAGCUUUUGAAAUAAUUGCUAUAACUUGUGUCUCUAAGAUGUUAUCGGUAACUGCAGUUUAUCCUUUAGUGCUGUUGAAAACAAACCUUCAAGAUUUGGGCUCUAAGCUAAGCAUCAAGUCUCUAAUUAAAACAGUGUACUCGUCGAGAGGAUUAACAGGCUUCUACAGAGGACUUUUCGCCCACCUAAUUAGAGCAAUACCAUCAACCUGUGUAACGUUCUUUGUCUACGAGAACACCAUGCAUUAUCUGUAA